AUGGCUGCCGAGAAGAAAUUGUCAAAACGUGAAAAGAAGGCAGAAGCCUUCAAGAAAAGAGCAAAGAAGCCUCAAUUCAGCGAGGAAAUGGCUGUGCCUGCCUCUGAUGAGAUCCCCGAAACACCUGUUGUAGAACAAGAAGAGAAGAAGAAGAAGAAGAAGAAGGAGGAGGAGGAGCCUGUUGCUGCUGCUACUACUACUACUACUACUACUACUACUACCACUGCUGCUGCUGCUGCUGCUGCACCCAAACGUAAAGCUGGUGAAUUGAUUGACGUUCCAGUGGAAGGAUCCACGGACGAACCCCACAAAAAGAAGAACAGAAGAAGCAAAAAGAGCUCCAAUAUGGAAGGUAGCCGAUACAUUGUCUUUGUAGGCAACUUGCCAUACACUACAACCAAAGAAGACUUGGAGAAGCAUUUUGAAUCAGCAGGCGGUAUCAAGUCAGUGCGCCUCUUAACAGACAAGGCAACUGGAAAGCCAAAAGGAUUUGCAUUCAUGGAAUUUGAAAACUCUAAAGAUCUUAACAAAGCACUCGCCUUCCAUCACACUUUCUUCAAGAAGAGACAAAUCAAUGUGGAAUUGACAGCUGGUGGAGGAGGAAGCAAGAGUGAUGCUCGUAAAGAGAAGCUUAAGCUCAAGAAUGAAAGACUUGCAGAAGAAAGAACAAAGAAGCACGAGGAGAUGAAAGGAAAGGUUGCUCCAGAAUCAUCUUAUAAAAUAGACAUCCCCCAAUAA